UGGAGACUCUUUCGUCCUUCGUCUUAGAUGUUGUCUCCAUCUAUAUAACUCUCUCUGCCUAACAGUCCCCAUAACUAUCUCGCUCUCUCUGCUUUCUGCUAUGACUGCUGACGUAAGCUAUAUCGUACGGAUACUAGGUAGGUACAACGACGAUCGGAUGACGGUAAAGGAUUCCUCAGGACCGGGAUCAUCGGUGGCGCUAAUGACUCGUGAUCUCCUCGGAAGCGCCGGUUGUGGAGGAGACGAUCAUGCUCUGGAGCUUGAUCUUGACCUGAAAGUCCCCAACGGCUGGGAAAAGCGUCUCGACUUGAAGUCAGGGAAAGUGUAUCUUCAACAAUGCAACUCAACGAGCUCCUCUUCUCAUCUCCGUCAUUCAGACCAAUCCAACCAAACUGUUCCAAGGUUUCAAGAUUUAAAUGAUCCACCGGUUUCGAGUAAGCCUCCGGCGAGACCAUUGUUAAGUCUCUUCGACGACACAAGUCUUGAACUGAAGCUAGUCCCUUCUUCAUCACCACCUUCUUCUUCUUCUCUCUCUUUACCAUCCUCGAGUUCGAGUUUCCAGAGUGUUUGCACACUCGACAAGGUGAAAUCAGCUCUGGAGAGGGUGGGGAAAGAUUCAUCCGAGAUGAUAAAGAAACGCAAAUCGCCAGAAGACGGCGUUUGCGAUCUUAUCGCAGAAGCGUCGUCUCCGGUGGCGUAUGUAUUGGUGAUGAAGAACAAUCCGAAGUGCCCUAGGUGUAACUCGUUUGUUCCUUUGGCAACCAUGAAAAAGACUAAAAUUGAUCUCAACAUAUCUUUUUAAUAUCGUAGGUUCAAGUUCUGUAAAUCAUAGGUAAAUCGGGGGUUUAAUUGAAAAUAAUGGGUGUUAGUAAAAUUGCUUUGUUGAUCUUGUUUAAAGUCACUCUGAAGAGGUGCCAAAAUGUUAAAUCGAUUAGUUGGCCAGCCAAUAUGUUUUGAUUAUAUUUAAUCUAGCUGCACUCAUAUUAUGAUAAUUUUUGUUGCAU